UAUGCCCUCUCAACGCUGGUGCAGUCACAAACUAGUGUCUUUAGGUAUAUUACUUUGUACUGAGGCAAGAACCAGGGCCAGAAGGCCCGCGUGUUUGCCUAUUAGAGUUGCAUCCUUCUUCCCUGAAGAUUUGCCCUCAGCAACCAUGAAUCCCAUCAAUGGCCUGAAGACUAUUCUGCAUCGCGUGGGCUUUGCCAUGCGGGAGAGCGGCCAGGCGCUGGAGCGCGUGGGCUGCAGGCUGCAGGGCGUUUACUCGUUUGAGGAGAAGCUGAACCGGCACGCCACGGUCCUGCCCAUGCGCCACAACGUGCCUAGCCUGGACAAGACCUCUUGGGUGGCGCCCUCGGGCAUGGUCUCGGGCAGCGUGACGCUUGGCGAGAACAGCUCCGUUUGGUAUGGGGCCAUCGUUCGCGGCGACUUCCAGCCAGUGGUCGUGGGCUCGAACAGCAACAUUCAGGAUGCAGCCUACGUGGGCGCCACCAGCGAGUUCAGCGGGCCAGUGACCAUUGGUGACAACGUUUCGGUUGGACAUGGCGCGGUGCUGAAGGGCUGCACGGUCGGGGACAACGUGCUCAUCGGCAUGAACUCGAUUAUUUCGGAGCACGCUGAGAUCCAGUCGGGUGCCGUCAUUGCCGCGGGCUCCUACGUGGAGGAGGGCACCACCGUGCCGUCCGGGGAGGUGUGGGCGGGCAGCCCCGCCAAGAAGCUGCGCGACGUGCGGGCGGGCGAGGCGGAGUACCUCAAAUCGCUGCCGGGACGGUACACGGAGCUGGCGGGCGAGCACAAGGGCAUCAUGAAGGUGCUCAAAAUGAAGCAGGCGGAGUACUUCGCGUAAAGCGCAGCGAUGGCGAUGGUGAAGGAGAUAGCAGAGGUCAGCGGUGGCGUUGUGGAAAGCAACGUUGCGAUGGGGCUGCAGCGGAGCGCAUCAAGUGGCUGCGUACGGCUUAACCAUAUAGAACGACAAAUGUUUGUAGUGGGGAACACUACCGUAGCUAGCGGGGGAGUCGUGAAUGAAGCAAAGCAUUGAGGAUUUGAGGUACGGGGCUCAGACCUCGGUCUUGGGACGUCUCAGGAGGGCGAUGGAAGCUAAGGGGUGCUGGUACGGGGCUGCCAGCUGGCAUGUCUGGUCGCGGACAGCGUUUGCAUGUGAGUUUUGUUUGCAGCUUAUAUUGCCAACAACGAUAGCUUUGGAAUUACAAUGGCGUGAGCCUCAAGCGCAUUUCAGAUGGCAUAGGCGUAUCCGCCACCUAACGUCAAGACGCGCUGUAAAUGUAUCCUCCUCCGCCA